AUGAGUUACGGGUCGCCCUACAGUUCUGGGACUCCCCUUCGCGGGGACCCAGGCUACUACUACGACGUGAACAGCCCUUCACCAACACCGUCGCCGCACCACUACCAGUUCUAUCCGGCUAAGACCCCACAGCGACCAGCGACUCGGGCUCAUCAUCGUGGCGCCAGCAACGGCAACUUCGAGUUUCGGCCAACGACGGCCUUCUCGCCCAGGUACACGAGCACUGGCGAGUAUGCCACCGGCCCCAGCCCGAAAGUGAGUUCAAGGCGAAAGCAAAGUUUCUCUCAGGACUCGCGUUAUUAUGAAAUCCACCACCCUUCGAGGCACGAGCGCCGCCACUCGCACUCCUAUUAUCGGGCUUCCCCUGGGGAGUCCGACGAGGACGAAAUCUUCGAGGUUGAUGGCAUCACUUAUGUGUUGCCAGCGCAGGCCGGCCGUCGCAGACACCACAAUCAUUAUCAUCACCAUCAUGACAACCAGCACCGCAUGUACCCUCACAUUCCGGCAUAUGGAACUGAUGACUACUACUAUGCGCAGGGUUUUCCUACAUACCAUGAGAAGACGGAGUCCCCUCGCUAUGAUGAUGUCCCUGCCCGCUCCGCAACACGGAUCGGUCACCACGCCCCGUCGCGUUCACACAGCCGUCGACCCUCGGAAGCCUCUCCCAACAUUCAGCGCUCCGCCACUGCGAAGCCGUCCAUGAAGCAGCAGAAGAAGACGACACCCGUAGCCAAGGCCACGGAAGCCGAUGCCCGCAGGCACAAGAUCCCAGCUGGAUAUUCAUUGAAGAACUGGGACCCCUCCGAGGAACCGAUCAUGCUGCUAGGCAGUGUCUUCGACGCCAACUCCCUUGGCAAGUGGAUCUAUGACUGGACCGUCUAUACCCAUGGUCCAUCCAAGCCAAUCUCCGAUAUGGCUGGUGAGCUCUGGCUGCUGCUCAUCCAGUUGUCAGGCAAAGUCAAGAGGUCCGAGGAUAUCGUCCCCAGGAUUCGCUCCAAGGAAAACCGGGACCUCGUCGAGGACUUCAUCUUGAGCGGCGAGCGUCUCAUGGACAAGCUACGGAGCCUGCUGAAGCGUUGCGAGGCCCCAAUGCUCAAGGCGAGCAAGCGCAAGGAGUCGGCCCAGCUCGGCAAGAAUUCUGGCACCGAGUUCGUGGACACUCUGUUUGGUGUUGACCGGGAGUUUGAGAAGACCGAGAAGUUCAUGCAAUCCGUCCGGCUCUGGAAUCUCCGAUUCGACGCCAACUGUGAGGAAAUCCUCAAGAAGCCCACCGUUUAG